AUGUCUGGUGUUAGCAAGGCCUGCUGCUCUAUCCCCCCCGUCGUCGCCAAGGGCUACCAAGCCAAGGGCGAAUACAAGACCAUCAAUGGCCUGAAGACCUACGUGACCGGCCCCGAGUCAGCCACCAAAGCCAUCCUAGUCGUCUACGACAUCUUCGGCUUCUUCGACCAAACCAUCCAAGGCGCCGACAUCCUCUCCACCGCCAAUACGCAAAAGUACCGCGUCUUCAUGCCCGACUUCUUCCAAGGCCAACCAGCAGACAUCUCCUGGUUCCCACCCCAAACCGACGAGCACAAGCAGAAGCUCGGCAACUUCUUCCAAACCAAGGCCUCCCCGCCCGACACGCUCUCCAAGAUCCCGGGCGUCGUGUCGGAAGCGAACAAGCUCGCCCCGGGCGGUACCUUUGAAUGGUCCAUCCUGGGCUACUGCUGGGGCGGCAAGAUCGCGUGCCUUGCCUCCGGCGCCGAGAACAAGACGUUCAAGGCGGCUGUGCAGUGUCAUCCGGCCAUGCUGGCUCCGGAUGAUGCCAAGGCCGUGGGGAUCCCGAUGGCGCUUUUGGCGUCCAAGGACGAGAACCCGAAGGAUGUAGAGGCGUUCGGGGCGAAUCUGAAGAAGGCGGAGCAUUAUGUGGAGACGUUCGCGACGCAGAUCCAUGGGUGGAUGGCGGCGCGCUCGGAUCUGGAGGAUGCGGAGGUGAAGAAGGAGUAUGAGAGGGGGUAUAGGACUGUGUUGGACUUUUUGCACAAGCAUGCUUAA